GUCAGUCGAGGCGGCGGGCGCAGGGCAGGUUGUCACAUGGAAGAGCGGCGGGCCCAGCGGCGGCUGUGGGGCCCGGCGGGUAUCGCCGGCGGGGCCGCGCUGAGGGGACGGGCCUGAGGCUGUCGCCGCCCCGCGCUGCUCCCGGUGCAGUGAGGAGAGUGCUGCUGGCGGGGGUGGGCGAGCUCCCGGGAGGCCGAGCCUCGUCGUCACGCAGCUCGGUGGGGAGCCGGCCCGGCGCUUGUGUUCUCGCAGCUCCAUGCGGGGCAAGGCGGGAAGGGGCCGUGGUCGUCACCGCAGGGCUCCUGUAACGCAGCGUUAGGGCACCAAGUGAGGCUUUGCUGGAUGCCCAAAAACACUGCUAGACCACGAUGUCCCUUGACUUUGAUAGUGGAGCUCUACAAACUCAACAUGACGAUGAAGACUAUGACCAAGAGGACUACGCAAGAGAACAAGAGCUGCAACAACUCUUGACAGACCUUCCGCAUGAUAUGCUGGAGGACAGUGGAGACCAGCUCUCCAGCUAUUCAGACUGUAGCAUUCACGAGAGUGAGGAGCAAUCAGUUGAGCCUCAGAAGCCUGAUGGACGGUGGAAUGAUCAUCCAUUGAUCGUUGAUCCUCAAAACAAUUAUAAGGAAGGACAAAAUCUGUAUCCUGAACAAUUUCUGUGUGACCAGCAAGAUGAUCAUGCUGAAAAGCAUGCCAAGAGUUGGAAUGGCCUACAUAAUGAAGAGAAGAAACGUUUAUAUGAUGCUAAAGAAGAUUACUGUGGCCAGAACAGUCAAGAGGAUCCAGAUAAUGUCUUUCUUGGUAGAGAUGGGUUUAAUGGUCCAAGGUGCUACCAACAGAACAAUUUGUAUCAUCUUCCUGAAAACUUUAGACAGUAUACAAAUGGCCAUAAACCAGAAUUUAACUGUCAACAAAGUAAAAUAAUAAACUUUCCAGAUGCUUCAAAGGAACAUCUUAAGCAGUUCGUUGCAUCUGAAGUUGUUAGCGGCCAGUCAGCGGAAACUUACAAAGUGGCAUAUAAACCAUACCAAAAUGGAAUUCACCAAAAAAUUCCAGUAACCUCAGAAGGAAUGAGAAGAAAUGAAAUGUUUGAAGAUUUGAAGAAUGAAUUCUUGGGCAAUGAUGAAAAUUCUUCAGAGAAUAUGCGGAUUCUUCAGCUUCAAGCUCUAAAUAAAGCAAGAGAAAGACAACUGGAAGAACUUAAUGAAAAGCUAGAAAAGAGUGCACAGCAGAUUAGGUAUCUGAGUCAUCAGCUUUCAAUGGUCAAAGAUGAAAAGGAUGGUUUGGCUGUUAGCCUUCAUGAAUCUCAAAAACUCUAUCAGAAUGGAAAAGAACGGGAAGUGCAUCUUGAAGGUCAAAUAAAGGCACUUGAAACUCAAAUUCAGACUCUUACUGCCAAGGAAGAGCAGAUAUUGAAGCAAUCCAAAGUGGCAGAGGUAGCCAUGGAAAGCAUGCAGAAGCAGCUGCUAGAACUUCAGCGAUCAGAUGCCCUUCAGCGAGCCAGAGAACAGCAUGAUGCCAUUAUUUCAGCACUCAAGCAGAAGCAUGAAAAGCAAGUAUUGUCAUUAGAGCAGAACCUUGAUGUUACAAAAUCUGCACUCCGAGAGCAGAAAGAACUCUGCAAAAAUCUAGGAGAGCACAUUAAGCAACUUGAGAAAAUGCUUGAAGAAACCAAAUGUGAAAAAACUGAAAUAAUAAAUAGAUUGACAAGAAGUCUAGAAGAAAGCCAAAAGCAGUGUGCAAACUUACUGCAAACAGGCUCAAUACAGGAGACAAAUCAGUUACGGUUUCAAUUGCAACAAGCUCAGUCUGCACAUAUGAUAAGCAAUAACAUGAACAAGGCUUUGCAGGAAGAAUUAAUGGAACUGAAAGAAGAAAUAACUUUUUAUGAAUCUGCUGCCAAAUAUGGAGUAUUUUUGAAUGAUGCAGGUGGAGAGCUGCAUACAAACCUCAGUGAUUCCUAUGUAGAUUUGGGAAUUAAAAAAAUCACCCAGAAAAACGCAAGGUUCUGCAGUAUAAUACAGAACAGAGGCAUGGACGAAGAACUCUCUAAAGACGAAAUUAUUGUAGAAUUAAAAGCUGAAUUGGAGCGCUUAUUGAGCAGUAAUAAAAUGAAGAGAAACCAGAUUACUCAAUUACAAAAUGAUCUUAAGGAUUGCCAGAAGGCAUUAGAGGAAUUCAAGCAGUUGUUGAAAGCAGAAAAAGCAUCAAAAGAGUCAGAGGCAGUGAAGAAUACAAAUGAUCCUUUGGUGGCCAAUCCGUUAGUUCUUGAUAAUCUUAAAGAAGAAGUUUGGAGACUCAGAAAGGAAAAUGAAACUUUGCUGCAAGAAGUUCAGAAACAUACUUUGACUAUUGAAGAACUGAAAGAAAAUGAGGAAAAACUGAAAAACUCAAACCUGGAUCUCUGCUGUCAGAUGAGAAAGAUUGUUCAAGAUUUUGAUGAGAAUAAGCAAGAAGCGCUUGACAGGUGUGAAAGAACUUAUCAGCGACAUCAUGAGGAUAUGAAAGCCCAGUUUGAGAAAGAGUUGAUCGAGAAGUAUGCUGCAGAAAACCAGCAGCUUCUACAAAGUCACGAAGAGAGGGUCUCGCAGCUGAAGGCUACCAUAGAGGAGCUGAACAGAGAGAUGACUGCGGUGAAGGAAUGUUACAUAGCGGUCUGUGGUGAGAAGGACACCUUGGAAGCUACUUUAAGGCAGAAAUUUGAGCAAGAGCAGCAGCUGAAAGAAGAGAAGCUCAAGAAAUGGCUUCUAGAAGAAAAAGAAGAGUCUCUUAACCUUCUGAGGAGCAAGCUUGAAGAGAAAUACAGUGAUUCUAUGAGAGCAGCAAAGCAGCAGUGGCUGAAAGAAAAAGGAGAGCAGGUUGAAAAGGAAGUCGCGUUAGCCAAAGUCCACUGGGAGAAGGAAGAAAAAAAGAAUAUAGAACAAGUCAUUGGAGGGAUAGAAGGAGAAUGGCGAAAUAGGCUGGAAGAAGUGAGAAGAACUGUAGCUGACUGCAAUGACUGUGGCAGCCAAACUGACAGAGUGACAGUAGUGGAUGAUGCUUCAUUCAAAGAGUUAGCAAGGAUCAUUGCAGAUCAGAAGCUGCAGAUCGAGAAGGCUCUGAAGGAAAAUAUGUCCUCUGAAGAGGCCUUAAGAGAAUUUGAAAUAGAACUGGAAAAUAAAUACUGUAAACACCUUGCCAUCCAGGUAGAGGAAGCUUUAACCCAAGCUCGUGACAAGUGGCUGCAAGUAUUAAGAGACCUCAGAGAGUAUAAAGUAAAUAUAAAGACGGAAGAAGAAAAAUGUGAAAGGGAACACCAAGGGACUGCAGCAAAGCAGUUAGCCCUGAUUCUCUCAGCUGCCGAAGAGAAGUGGAAGAAAGAACAUGAGAAUACAGAGAGGUCUGGAGCAAGAAUGAAAGAGCUGGAGGAAAAGGUGGUUUCUCUCAGGAAGGAGUUGGAGCUAAAGAAAGAAGAAAUGCCUGCGGCUAUCAAAGCAGAACUAGCCAGAGCCCGUGCUCAGUGGAACAAAGAAAAGCAAGAAGAAAUCUUGCGGAUACAAGAGCAGAAUGAGAGAGACUACCGUUUUUUCUUGGAUGACCACAGAACCAAGAUUAACGAGGUACUUGCCACCGCAAAGGAGGAUCUUGCAAAGCAGAAGAACAGUCUCUCCGCCCAGAAAGAGGCGGAAAUGAAGAUGUUACUAGACCAGAAGCAGCGGGAGUGGGAGGCUCAGGAAACAAAGAGACUUCAGGAUGAGAUCAGUCGUUGUGAGGAGAAGAUUCUGGUUGAGCUUGAGCACGUGUUGCAAGAAGUCCAUGAAGAGCUAGUUGAGUGCGCAGCUAGUAAGUGUUCCUGGAAGGACAGGUGUUCUGAUGCUCCCGAUCAAUUAAAUAAUCAAUGCAAAGGCAAACUGAAGGCAUGCUUACAGAAGGCCUACAGAAGAACAGUUCACACAAUUCUGGAAAAGGACAAGCAAGAACGGAAAGAGAAAUAUGAAGAGCUAGUGAGUAGCGUCAAUAAAAAUGCAUACCCUAGCAUGCCCCGAGGCACAGGAGAAACUGGAGACCUGGCGACACCUCCUUCGUACAGCAUUGGUCAGCAGGCAGAAACACAAAGCAAGCCGAGAAGAUGUCCACCCCUGCAGAGAACUGGAACAGAUGGAGGAAAUGAGAAGUUUCUUGAAGCUCUAACUGCCGAAAACUCUGAGGUGAAGGCUAAACUGAGAGACCUGGGAACACCGCCAAGGUCACUGUCAGAUGGAGGUGUCUCAAAACCCUGCACGUCCUGCUGCCCGGUGAAAGGGCUGGAAGAAAUGCGUGCUCUGUACAUUACAACCGUGAGCAAGAUUAAGAGUGAUAUGCUUAAUUAUAUCCGUGGAAGUAAGGAGAGGGCUGCCGCUAUGAUUAGAGCGGAGGUUUUAAGAGAGCGCCAAGAGACAGCACGGAAAAUGCGGAAAUACUAUUUGACGUGUCUUCAGCAACUUCUUACUGAUAAUGGGAACUAUGACGGAGCUGAGAAGAAAAUAAUGAACGCUGCCAGCAAGCUUGUUACAAUGGCUAAAGGACUUGAAACACCUCUUCGACACACAUCCCAGAGCAAAACUACCCGCUCAGCUCUGCUGCUAAAUUUUGAUCUGCCAACCGGAGGAGAGUACUCAAAAAGAGAUGGCCUAUCUCAAAGUCGGCUAAACCACAUGGAAAGCAAAUCUUGUGGCGAAAGUACUACCGAGAAUGCUAAUGCUAAAGUUGUUCAUAAGUUCGUUCCACGUGACUUGAGACAGCAAUUUGAUGCAAUGCAGACUGAAACACAACAUAUGCUUCCUGAAACAGAUGCUUCAAAUAUUCAGAAUGGGAAUAAUACUAAAAAUCUGGUUGACUUUACAAGAGAUCAUCUGUUAGAAUUUUAUCCAAAUGAAGAUGGAAGCAGAGAAGAAUACAGCCCCAUCAUAAAUGUAAAUAAACCACUCCUGUGUGCAACUAGUAAUUUAGGACAUCAGAAUGCCUCUCCAUCUGCCUUUCAUGUCAAGUUAGAAAAUAUGCAUGCAGACAGCCUUACAGAUGGCCUUGGUGUCGCAGGGCCAUCUCAUCACAUGCUGAAGAAUCAAAACGAAAGAUUAGUUUUGAAAGAAGAUGAAUGUAUACCAUCGUGUGAAAACUGGAAAACUACAGCUGAAAGAACUCAAGACUCAGAUUUUCACAAAAUCCCUGGAAGGGAUGAAAGUAGCUGCAGUGAAUGGAAUUCUGUGAAUGGAAGUCUGUGUCUGGAUAGUAGUAAUAUGCCUGUGGUGCAUCCUGAGCAAAAACCCAAUGCGAACGUCCAGGCAAAGUUUGUAUCCUGUGAAGAAUCUUUUUCCACUGCCGAUGAAAGUGUUCGUGGUACUUGGAGAGAACUUACCAAUGGCCAUGUCAGGAAUCUCAAAGUGAAAAACAGUAGUAAGUUUUACAGUAGAGGCCAGAUGAAAACAAAUCCAGAGCGUACUUCAUUCCUUGGGUCUGACAAAUCAAAUUCUGCUGUCACACAGUUCAGCAUGUUGCCAAACUCAAAUGCACGAAAAUGCUGCAAGAAAUACUUGGAAAAGAAUGUCAUGGGAUCCCCAGGCUCUUCAGCAAGAUAGUGGUUUUGAUUUUUUUUUUUUAAACUUGAACCAAUAACAAUGAUUCCUCAUUUGAAGGAAAAAAUAUAUAUGUAAGUGUGAGGAAAGGGGAAAAAAACUGUUUCAUGAUCAAUGUUACAGAAUUUGAGUGUUGCAUGAACAAAUUCUAUGCAAUUGCUUGAAAUAUAAAUGCAGACUUCUGUUUACUUUUUGGAAUAACUUUCACAGCUGUUUAUAGUGUAUGUAUGUUUAUUAAAUAGAAUCUAUUUUUAUAUUAAGUGUGCAGUGUUUAUAUAAAACAAAGCUACUUUAACUUGUGGUAAUCUUUUUAAAUGCUUGUGAAAAUUCCUUCAGUGCUCAAUGAGAAAGGUUUGAAACAAGUUUUUUAAUUGAGCUUUCCACUUUGGAGAACCACCCCCUUAUUCCUCUGUAUGUGUCUUCAUAAUAAAAGUGUAAAUACUUACCUUAAAUUAUUAAAACAAAUCAACUAUCAA